CAAAAGUGUACUCAUGACGGAAGAAUCGAUACUUAGAGCACGUCAAAAUUGCUGUCGCUUGUGCUUGGCUCCGGACAGUGAAUGUAUUUCGAUUUUUAACAGCUAUGCGGCUGAUAAGGAACCUUUAGCCAACAAAAUUCAAUCAUGUGUCAAUAUUAAGGUAUCACCAAUUGAUAGGCUAUCAUUGCGAAUAUGUCAUGCUUGUAUCAGUUACUUGAAUUCAUGGCAAAGUUUCAAAAAUCGUUGUGUGGCUUCACAAAACAAACAACGCAGUUGGUUGGAUAUAUCAAAGAAAUUUGAAAAGAAACAACUUAGUGCGGCAGUUUCAUUAUCUACUGUUGCUGCAUUAGCAGGUUUAAGUGGAAUACAUGAAGAUGGAAGUGCUGCAGGCACUGGAGGAGUUGGUGGCUCUGGUGGUAUUGAUGAUGAGCAAGAAAAUAGUAAACUUGCUUCCUCAAUUCUAGAGGGUAUAUCAUCGUUGAAGAAAAGACGUUCACUAACAGUUUAUCCAAUUCCUGUGCAUAUUAAAGAUGAGCCAAUUGAUGAUGAAGAAUAUGAUGCUAAACACGACGAAUCAGAUAUUGAUCCGACACUGUUUUUGGAACGCACCGAAGAAGAAGGCUCAGAUAAUUUGUCACAAAAAGAACAACAUUUAGCUUCUUUAGGAUUGAAGCAAUCAUCGGGAUCUGUUCAUCCGUUGAGUUAUUUGGCUGACUACAGUUUUGAAGGUGAUAAGUCUCAACAGCAAUCAGCUGACAAAUCUGCUGAUAUUACAACUACAACAACACCAAAUGAAGUAAAAGAAGCAUCAUGCCGUGCUUGCAAUUUAAAAUUCUCUACACGAGCAAAUGCUCGACGUCACGAGAGAAAUCUUCACCCUCACCUCUUUUUAGGUGCUUUACCAAUAAUCACACCACCAAAACCACUCAACGUCAACAUAACAUCUCCAAUGACACAAGCUAUUGCAGCCAGCGCACCAAUGGCUCAAAUCAUACCAAGACCUAUUUUAAAACCAGAACAACUUGGUCUCUUUGAUUAUGAUCAACCGGAAAAAUAUCAACAUCUACUUAGCGAUGAUAAGAUAUUAUUUAUGCAGCGUCAAGAAGAUUUUCUGCAGCAAUAUCAAAAUAUGACUUGCAAUUGCUGUCUUCGCACUCAUGCCACGUAUAAAAACUUUAUGGCACAUAUGCGUAAGAAGUAUCACUCUUUACCACGAAAUCUUUGCUUUAAGUGCCUGAAGCAAAAUGACUCCAAGGCGCUCUUUAUAUCGCAUUUGAAAAAACGAAAUUGUAUAAAUCUAUACAAGGUCUAUCACAGUUUAAUUGAUGCAGGCGUAAUGAAAAAAGACGCAUCCAGUUGCUCUCCGGAUAAGCUGCGUGCCAAAGAACUUUUGGUUAAUAAAAUCUACGAAUGUAAAAUAUGCUCCAAGCACUACCGCUUGAAGCUAGAAUUUCGAAGUCACGUUUAUGAAGAGCAUGCCGACUACCAAAAGAAAGAUGUUUCCCCAGGUCACUGCGGAUUCUGUGGUUUAGAAAUUGAAGAUCCAUUUGAAAGAAAACGUCAUUACAAUAACAUGGAUUGCAUUGUCAUUUUGCGAUGCAUCACAUGCGAUGAAAAGUUUGAUAAUCAUCAGAAAUUCUUGGACCACGUUUAUUCGAAACAUUUGGCUAAUAACAACGAAACUCUAAAAAGCGAUCUUAUGAAAGAACUUCCUCCGCCACCUCCCGUUACUACCUCAACCGACAGCUCGCCUUCAAAGAAAUCGGAGGCUCCUGUAAAGCCGCAAUUCUUUUCACGACUACCUCAGAGCUGCAAUAUUUGUGGCCAACAUUACAACAACUACAACAAUGUCUUACGUCACAUGGAAUCGAAGCACCCUGAUCAGUUGCCACAAACAUACAAAUGCACUCGCUGUUUGAUUGGCUACCCACGCCUCAUGAAUCUUCGUGAGCACAUGAUCGAGGUACACGGCAUGAAGGUUGACAAAGUGCGUAACAAUAGUUUUGAUUAUAUUGUAGACUCGCCAACAGUACAAGGAAGUAUACCGCGAGGAGCAGAAAAAGGGGCCGUUGAUUCAUAUACUGGCCGUUAUGAUUAUGUAAUGAAAGACCUGAUGUCUAUAACUAAUGGUGGGUCAGCAGCAAACGAGGUUGGUGGCGAAAACGAAGACGAUGAUAAUAAAUCGGAUUCGCCAACUCCGAAAAAGAUAAAACUCGACAGCGGAGCAGUUGUUGCUGUUGGCACUGCAAGCUUGAAAGAAUGUCCAAUUUGCAGUGCAGUUUUCAAUAAUAACAUUGGUCUAUCCAAUCAUAUGCGAACUCAUGCUACAGAUGAUGGUGGUGGAGGUGGAGGAACUUCUGGCGCUAAUGCAAGUAGUAGCGCAGUAAGUGGUGUUGGUGGUGUUAGUGGUAAUGCCGGUGGUGUUGUGGAGGAUGAUGGGCACGACGAUGAUGACGAUGCAGCAGACAAGAAGCCCAUCGAUCCACUCUUCAAAAGAAGUCUAGAAUUGGCUGCAGAUCGAAGAUUCCGACGAAUGCGUUGUCGUAUUUGCCAGAAACGAUUCUCAUCCAAGAAAAGCUAUCGCCGCCACAUGUUGAUAGACCAUCAAAUUCGCAAUGUUCAGUUCAUUAAAUGCAAACUUUGCGAUGCAGAAUUCGCUUAUGAAAAGGGUCUCAAAGUACACAUGUUCAAAAUCCACAAUACAUUGCUUAAGGAUGAAAUGAUUGUUAAGCAGUUUGAAUGCGAUAUCUGUUCAAUUGUUUACCGGACAGAGGAGCAACUUCUGCUUCAUAAGAAAUCAGUACAUGGAAACGAAAGUGCUGCUGCUGAGGAUGACUUGCCACCGUCAGUAGAACAAAGUAUGGAAGCAACUGCUGCUCCAGUCUACUGGUAUCAAUGCCGCUAUUGCCCUUCAAAUUUCAACACAAACAAAAAAUUGGCCAUCCACAUCAAUUCACAUUAUGAAUUCGAUUCGAAUGACUACUCUUGCAAGGACUGUGGUAAUGUUUACAGCGGUCGCAAAAGUCUUUGGGUACAUCGCUAUAAAAAACAUCCUCCAGUUGCCGAUCCCUCAGAGUGUAUCAUUUGUAAGAAAAUCUUCUUUGACAAACAAAUGUUGGAGAAUCAUACACAAUCUUGUGCCCAGAAGCGUGCAGCUGCAAGUGCUGCUGAAUCCGCACCUACUUAUUUUCAGCAUAAAACAGGUGAUGACGAUGAAAUCAAUGAUAAACCAGAAACAUCUGGAAGCGUUGGUGUGGAUACAACCGCUCCGGUUAAUUUGAAAAUUAAACUUCCCGAAGUGGCAUGCACUAUUUGCGCUCAGAAAUUCACCGAUCAAGAACUCUUCACCAAACACAUCCAAAUGCACGAGAUGGAGUUGUAUACCGAUAAUCCGUUGGCAGCCAUGUUCGACACUGGUCCAGCUGAUCCAAAUCAAUUCUAUCUGGAUCGUGUGAAUGACAACGGGCAGUAUGUGUGUGACAUAUGCUCAAAGGCGUUUGUGCAGAUGACGGCGCUGAAGGUUCAUCGCAAGUGGCAUUUUCGAGGUGAUAGCAAACAGACUCCAGUCGAUUCAAACGCACCCAAAAAGACAGUGAAACGCAAGCGUGAACUUAAAUGCGACUAUUGUCCCUCAACUUUCAUAAGCUCAAAUAAUCUCCGACGUCACAUAGCCGAGUUGCACAAAUCAGAAAUUUCCAAUUGGCCAGAACCACCUAAAAUUGAACCAGAAAAGUACCUUCAAUGCACCAAGUGCGACCUGAAAUUUGAUACGAAGAAAGACUGGAUUGACCAUAAAGUUAAAGAAGCCAAAAUUGCCAAACCUUUCGGUCCGUUCCAGUGGGGCUGCGAGAUCUGCGGGGUAUAUUUGUCGCGUCGUGAAAAGCUCAUACAUCACAUGUUAGCCCAUAUAAAGGAAAUCAAUGGUCAAGUGACGUCAGAAGCUGAUAAUUAUCCGGGUGAGAGUAAUUCACAAGACUCAGAGACGUCUAGCCAUCGUGGAAGGGUGUCCGAACAACCACCAGCUGAUGAUGAUGAAGCCGAAGAAGAAGACGAAGACGAAGAAUUUGAGGCCGAUGAAGAGGAUGCUGAAGAAACUGUAGAAACUGAAAAUCACGACCAAAAUGCGAAUGACGGACAAAAUGAUGGCUCAAAGUUGAGAGAGCGAUUGCAGCGUGAAUCUAAUGACGAAAGUAACGAUUCAACAACAAGUUCUGAUUCAGAUAAUUCUUCUUCGGAUGAAGAAGAUGGAGAAGAUAUAUCACGCCUUGAAGGAAACAAAAAACGACACGCUUGCGAUUUAUGCCAAGUUGACUUUGAGUCCUCUAGCGAACUUCAGAAACAUGUCACUAGUCAUUUCCUCAAUGGGCCAGGUUCAGUCACAUUAACCACAAUUACAAAGGAGAAAUCAAUACCAGCUCAAAUACAUACGAAAGUUGAGGACGACAACGACGAAGAAGAUGAAGAUGAUGAAGACGACGAUGAUAAUAUGACCGAUGCAGAUCCUGUAGAUUCAUAAUUUUAUCCACUAAUAUGUAAAUAGAUUAACAAAUCAAAGCUAAUCCUUAAGCACUUCCUUCUCGUUUUGAAUAUUAGUAGCGUUGAUUUUAUUUAGAUACUAGUUUGAUAUAAAUAAAAUUAUUAUAAUAGCAACCUUUUAAAUGGAACCGCCAUGAUUAUGUUGAUGAUGACAGCAGUGAGAAUGUACAUCUACACACUCUUCAUGAGGCCAUUUGUACCAUUCUUACAAUUAUAAUACAAAAUAUUAAGGAAAUUCAAUUUAAACCGCAUACAUUUAUUUUAAUGUAAAAAAAAACAUAGUUCGUACUAUAAUAGAAUGUUAUUCGUAAAAAAAAAGAUUUACAUUUAUAAAACACACCUAACUUUAAGCAUUUUUAAAAUUACAAACAAACAUUGUACUAAUUUAAUAAUAAAAAAAUAUAGUUUUUUUUUCUCUAUUGAAUAUUG